GGAACAGUUUUAAUUUCAAGGACCAACUUUGCCUGAUUUAUUCUUAGUUCCUCUCUGAAUUCAAUGUAAAGUGCUGGUAAAUUAAUUAGUUAUUCAUUGAAGUGAAAUUACAUCAAAGAAUAUCAUCGGUUUAAUAAUAAAACGGGUUUAAUUGUAUUUCUGGGCUGUUCGAAGCCAUUUCUAGCUAUCAAGUCCUCUUUAAGUAUCAACUGCUGCAGUGCCAACUAACAGAAUAAUUAAUACAGUUAUUGAGAAAAGAUAGAAGAUGCACCCUCGUGCAUUCUAUACGCUUGCACUCAUGCUUCUCGUGGCUGGUGACGUUGGAUGCAACGACAAAACGAAAUGGUACGUUGGCCUGCAGACUGUGUUCAAGAAUUGUCCGUUGGAGUCUUGGAGGAACGCGGGCCAGGACGAAUUUAUGGAGAAGCUGAAGAGGUGCAUACAGGAGCACGUGUUGGCUGUUCUGGAUUCCAUCCUCGUGGACGACGUUAUACCAGUUUUCGACGGCCUCUACCUAGUGCGAUUCCAACAGGGUAGAACGAAUUCCACGGAUAACUAUACCAAUAGUGAAUUAGAGGACGACACAAACUGGACAGCGAUGAUCUUGAAACGGCUAAUACGAGUUCUACGUACACACGUUUUCAAGGUCGACGUGGACCACCUAGUCGACAGCACCCUUUCACCUGUUAACAAUUCCGAGACAGAAUUAAAUGGAAACAUAUUUGAAGGUCGAAGGCGUCGAUUUCGUCGCAAAUACAACAACGUAUUGCCGUUCAUGAUGAUGGGCUUCCUGUUGAUGGGUUCCAUCCUCGUGCCCAUGGGUUUCCAGUUUCUCGCCGUACUGGGUGGCAAAGCGUUAUUGCUAGCGAAGAUGGCUCUAAUACUGUCCAGCAUACAGGGGCUGAAGAAAAUUGCGACGAACGGUGUGAAUUAUGGACUGUAUCACACCCAGGUGGAUGGCUGGCACGACAGAAGCCAUAUAGAGACACCCUCGCAUCUAGAUUUACCUUUCCAACCUCAUAUUCGUCCUUAAACCUCAGGAAUAUUCCUAUUAAACCAUUUUCUUUGCUGAGGGAGGUGGCUCAAACUUGAUACUUACCGUUAAUGCGCUGAUAUAUGAAUAAAAUGUUUGCAAAUUGUGCUUGUUGUUAGAGUAUGAAGACUGCUAAAGGUUACUUUCAAAGCGUUCACACUGUAAAUAAAUGAGAAAAUCCGUGUUGGGAUGCGAGAUAACUGUAAAGGGCUCUCUGUGGUGCGUUAAAUGGUACCCGUUAUCGUUAACACUAUGUAGGAUUCUAAAACAGGCUUGGAGACUUUUUCUUCAACUAGCCCCUAGUAGUAUGCUUCCCUACAGACACCAAGAGUCCUUCCGGAGCGUCGGCGACGCACGGUAUAUGUAUUUAGAAAAUUUCUAAAUUUUUAAUAAUGUUACUUUAAAGAAUCUGAAGAACAUUAACGCCAAUGUAAACGAGGGAAAUUAAGAAACGUUUUAACAUUAUGUGGAAUUGUAAGACAGACUUGGAGACAUUUUCUUCAACUAGCCCCUUGUAGUAUGUUUCCCUACAGACACCAAGAAUCCUUUCGGAGAGUCGGCGACGCACGGUACAUGUACUUAGAAAAUUUCUAAAUUUCUAAUAAUGUUACUUUAAAGAAUCUGAAGAACAUUAACGCCAAUGUAAACGAGGGAAAUUAAGAACCGUUUUAACAUUAUGUAGAAUUGUAAGACAGACUUGGAGACAUUUUCUUCGACUGGCCCCUUGUAGUAUGCUUCCCUACAGACACUAAGAAUGCUUCCGAAGUAUUUAGAAAAUUUUUAAAUUUCUAGUAAUAAAGUCACGUUGAUAUCCCUAUAACAAUUGUUUCCUGGUGAAAAGACACAGGUAACCGUGGUGUCGUUUAAAGAACUUGAAGAACAUUAACGCCAAUGUAAACAAGGGAAAUUAAGAAACGUUUUACUUGAACAAACAAUCGACGACAAAGCGAGGGUAAGAGAGCAACUGUGAGUGAAAUACCACGGCAAAUCUCACGGACGUGAUUUAAUAAAAUUCAGAGGCAUCACAGUGAAUAAUUCAG